UGUUUACUGUUUGUUCACCUUGUGCAGUUGCAUCUCUUGACUCGACGGAGUCGAACCGAGCCCUACAGAUUCUGAGAGCUUCAGAUGGGUGCACAUUAAGAAAACUACGCCCAAAGAAGUCGCAAGCUUAGAUAUGCUGGACUGCUUGACCAGUGAUGAAGAUGAGAUAAAGAGCGAACUUGGACUUUCAAUCGAUAUCUCUAAGUACGACGUUACUGCGUUGUGUCUGCGUAAAGUCAAAAGUUUACUGGAGGAACAGGUCGCAUUUGCAAACGGCGUGGCAGCGGUUCUGAAAAAAUUGAGGAAGCUACAGCCGAGUGAUCAAUAUGCACACGGUGCAGUUAUUAAGAGAACUUGCGAGUUGGAAAUAGAAAGUACAACGUUUGCUCUGUGCGCUCCCAAGCUACGAGGUCUAGUCGAGAACAAAUCUCCAAAUGUAGUUCCUGCUUACACUAUGAUAAAUGUAAAAAAGGACACCAAUCUUAAGUUGUAUCUGCAAAACUGUUUGAAGAAGUGGAAGCAACUGUUUAGUCGCUACUUUAAAAAAAUUGUCAAGGAUUGGGAGCCUAAGCUUAUACUUUGCAUGCUGAUAACGGCCGGUGAACAUGCUCGAUUAUAUCGGUAUGAAGACUGCGAGGCUGAAAUAUGGACAUACAAGCUGGCAUUAGAAAUAAACGAUCAUACAGUUAUUUAUAUCACGAGUCGUUGUAUAUCAUUGAGAUAAAUCGAUUACGAUUGGAUUGCCACUGCCAAGGAACAUGUUGCGAAGUACAGAGAUUCCAAGGACGAAGAUGUAAUUGCUACCAUUGCUACCUUUUAGAUAAGUUUAGCAGACAUCUAUUUUGAAUGUGGAAAGGCGCAGUUUACGAUUAAUUGGCAUAAUUAUGCCCAUUUGCUCAUGGCACUGAACCUGGGACAGGAUCAUGCCCUGGUUAGAUUU